AUGACCGGGAUAUUGCUGGAGCUGUGUUUUUAUUGGACGGCGAGUCUGGUGCCGUGUUGUUAUUGGACGGGGGGGUCUGGAUGGAGGCUAUCUAUUGGUGGAGGCGGUCGGGCUGCAGCAGAUAGGUCAUUUCCUCAAUGUGUUUACGCUGGCGGGGUCUCGUACUCCACGUCCUCGCCGUGUGAGAAGGAGGAGGAGCUGGAGCGCCUGGAGCGGGAGUUCUCCAUCCAGUCCCAGAUCACGGAGGCGGCGCGGCGGCUGGCCAGCGACCCGCACGUCAGCAGCAAGAAGCUGAAGAAGCAGAGGAAGACCUCGUACCUCAACGCGCUGAAGAAGCUCCAGGAGAUCGAGAACUCCAUCAACGAGCACCGCGUGCGCUCCGGGAAGAAGCCCACGCAGAGGGCCUCGCUCAUCAUAGAGGAGGCCAACAUCGGUUCUGAGGACAGCUCCCUGUCCGACGCCCUGGUCCUCGACGAUGACGACUCCCAGGUGACGGGGACCCCCACCUUCUCCCCGGUGGCGUCCCCCCACAAGGGCCUCCCGCCCCGCCCGCCGUCCCACCACCGGCCCCCGCCGCCCCAGUCCCUGGACGGCCUGCGCCACCUCCACUACACGCGCAUGGACUACGACAAGUCCCCCAUCAAGCCCAAGAUGUGGAGCGAGUCGUCACUGGACGAGCCCUACGAGAAGGUCAAGAAGCGCUCGUCCCACGGCAGCCACAGGCGCUUCCCCAGCCCGGGGGGCACAGAGCCAGGGGGCAGCGACUCCCUCCAGAGUAGCCCCGUCAGAAGCCUCCCCGGCUGGAGCUCCCAGUCCAGCAUGCCCUCCACCCCCGACCUGAGAACCCGAGCACCCCGCUACGUCCACUCCACCAGGUCUGUGGACAUCAGCCCCACCCGUCUGCACAGCCUGGCCCAGCACUUUAGGAACCGCAGCUCCAGCCUGGAGUCCCAGGGCAAGCUGCUGGCGUCGGACCCCGGGGCCUCCCACCCCCGGCCCCCGGGGGGCGCUGUGACGGGCAGCCCCGACUUCUUCCUGGGCCCCGGCCGCUCCAACGGCUCGGACCCCCUGGACGACUGCUCGUCCUGCACCAGCCACAGCAGCUCCGAACACUACUACCCCGGGGGGGGCGGGCCCCUGGCCCCCGGGGGCAACCCCAACUACUCCACGCUGGGGGAGGACUCCCCCUCCAAGGCGCGGCAGCGGCAGCGCCACAGGUCCGCGGGCCACCUGGGCUCCUCCAACUCCGGCUCCAUGCCCAACCUGGCGGCCAAGAACGGCUGCGGCGGCGGUGGCGGCGCGGGCGGCGGCGGCGGCGGCGGCGGCUCGGCCGGCGGCCACCACGGGGUCUACAUGCACAGCCAGUCGCAGCCCUCCUCCCAGUACCGCAUCAAGGAGUACCCGCUGUACGUGGAGGGCAGCCCCAACCCCGUGGUGGUGCGCAGCCUGGAGAGCGACCAGGAGGGCCACUACAGCGUCAAGGCCCAGUUCAAGACCUCCAGCUCCUACACGGCGGGGGGGCUGUACAAGGAGACGUGGGGGGCGGGCGACGACGGCGCCGCCGAGGGCGGCGGCGGUCGGCUCACGCCGUCCCGCUCGCAGAUCGUACGGACUCCCUCGCUGGGGCGGGACGGGGCGGGCGGAGGGGGGACGGCAGGGGCGGGGGGCCGGGUGGCCGUGUCGGACGAGCUGCGCUGCUGGUACCAGCGGUCGUCGGGGAGCCUGAAGGAGAAGGGCCACUCGCACUCGGGGUCCAACGCGUCGGAGACGGGCUCGCAGCAAGGCACCCUGGGACACGGCCGCGGGAGCCGCGUGGGGACGCUGUCCAGGUGCUCGCCAGCUGCCUCCCCACACAGUCAGAGGAGUAUGACUCCCUCCAGCGAGCUGGUGGCCACGCCCACUCCCCCUUGUAGCCCACAACACAUUCUCAACUGGCAGAGCGGGUCCUUCGGCGACCGCUGUUUCCCCGGCAGCCCGCUGGGCCCGGAGCUGGCCGAAACGCAGCCGUGGUACGGAACGGAGCAGGCCAAACCCGGGACCCUGGUCUGAGCCCCUCUGCUGCCCUCGUCCAC